ACGGCGAGCAGUAUGGCGACAUGUCGCUUCGUGCGUAAACAGUGAGUGUAGGCACUUGUCUCAUCGUGGCGGGAUAAAUAUUGUCUGACUGGCUAAAGUGUGCUUCUACACGUCGUUCAAGAUCGUACAGCUUACAGGACGUCUCAUUUAAAGAGCAGAAACAGUGAUAUUUCUUCGCAGUGAGCAUUUGACAGAUUAUCACCUUUGCUUGCCGUUUACAGUUAUGUGUUAGCUUAUCAAUGAGAAAGGACAGAGCUUUGUGACUCGUGGAAAAGGCGUGAAUAUUCUAUUGCGACUGAGAGGAGACGAAAUGAGCGGGUCUGCAGUGCCCUGGCGUGGAAAAUUCCGACUGAUACCGUGUUAGCUGAACCGUAGCGAGAAGAUUUGGAUUAUGUGGAGUGUUAAGACCAGCAAGACGAAGAAUUCUCAAGGAUGAGCCGUGGGUACUACGUACCCUGUGCGCCGUUCCUCUACUUGGUUCCGGACAGUGGGGGCAUGGACUGCAUGCCGCUCCAGCCGGCGCAUGCGCACCAACCGCAUCGGCCGCCGGGGCCAUUCCAGUACCUCAUGCACGAGCAGGCCAAGUCGCUCGUCGCACUACAGGAGCUGCAGAAUGAGGUGGGCGCGCUGCUGGAGUUCCGGGACCUGGUCAUGGAGACGUUCCCGCACCUGCGGCAGAAGCUGGCGGCCAGCGAGCGCGGCGGCUCCUCGUCGUCGUGCUGCACCAGCACCGCCUCCUCCACGGCGGCCACGCUGCUGCUGCACGGCGCCGCGCACCACAAGGAGAUCACAGGAGGCAGCGACGGAGCGUCGAGCGGCGCGACGCAUCGGAAGCAGCCCAAGAGCGGCGACGGCAGCGGCACGAGCAGUGCGGGCAGCAGCGCCGUACAGGACUCUGGCUUCGGCACCGAGACCUCCUCCAGCAAGGCCGCCUCCGCAACCACCGUGCUCCCUCCCGCUCACCACCACCAGGCCAGCUCGUCGUCGGUGGUGGUGGACGAGGCGGAGGACGAGCUCUGGAACCUGCUGGACGUGAUCCAGCGCAAGGGCACGCGCCUGCGCGACGAGGUGGCGCAGCUGCAGCAGCGCCUCGCGGGCUCCGCCGCCCCCGCGCCUUCCGCCCCCGCGCCUUCUGCCCCCGCCGCCGAGCAGCCACAGCAGCAGGUGCGGCCGCCCCCGCCACCGACCCCUCGCCCCCGGAGGCCGCUGGGCGCUCUGGACGCGAUCCUCAGCGCGCCCUCCACGCUGCCCAGGGCGCGCCCCGACGCGCGCAAGGUGGCCGCCAUCCUGCGAGAGCUGGACCCCGUGGAGCUGCAGAGGCACCUGCUCACCACCACCGCGCACAACCAGGCUUUGCAGAAUCGACUAGAGAAGACAGCAAAGCUGCACACUAGUCUCCUGGAGCAGCUGGAUAAAGUGAAAGAUGAAAAUGAUGAUCUACGAUUUCAGCUUGCAGAAAAGAGUAUAGAGCUGGAGGGAACCAAGGCACGCAUGCGAGUAUUACAGCAACGGCAAGGCAAGGCAGCUGAAACAAACACUGCAGCAGUGUCAACAGAAACAGAUGAUGAGCAGCCUCCUCUACUUCCCCCAGAGGAAACGUGCAAUCCAAUCCUGCCUCUACUAGCAUUGCCAGUAGCUGGUUCAGAUGACCACAACCACCAGCACCACAGCAGUAGUACUGAGUCAGCACACGAUCACACUGAACAGCGCCGUGUGCAGUCAUCUAAUUCUCCCCGUCGCAGGCCUAGCAAGAUACCUUUACUGGGAACUAAAUCGUACUGUGCACCCAGACCGCCAUCUGGGAAGACAGGUGCUAUCACGGCAGCACAUUCUAAUAAGAGCAGAGAUUCUCUGUCAGCUAAAUCUGGCCGGGAAAGUUCAUGGAAAAGCAAGGCUGAUGGUGCCUCUCUGAGUGGAAGCAAGAGCAGAGAACCUAUUUCUGUGGUUAGGAACUCUUCUCUUUCAGUGAGAAACAAUAGUAGAGAAUCACUAAAUGGUAGUAAAUCUAGAGAUUCCAUUCUGAGCAAAUCUCGUAGUGACUCAGUAAAUGGGCGAAAAGUAUCAGCCGUGGAAGUGACAAUGGUUUCUACUAGGUCGAGAGAUGGUCAUAGUCAAAAUAGUUUCUCAUCAAAUGCAUCUAAUACUAAUAAGCGAGAUUCUCUUUCUGGAAAAAGCAGAGAAGCUUCUUUCUCAUCAUCCAGUGGUUGGAAAGGAACUCAGCAUCCAGUGAGGAGGGCCAGUAGUGCAAGCAUCACAAGAGGCAACGUGAUUGAUCAAGCUGAUCGUAACUCUAAGGUUUUAACAGCAUCUGAUAGUCUAGAGCCAAAACAGUGUUCUUCCGCAACAGGAGAGACACAUGGCAGUCACCAUGAUGAUCAUCAUGAUGCAGAUUCAUUUUCGGAUUCCCUCAACCAUUUUCCUGACCAAGAAGUGGAACUUUCACCAAAAACAAGUGAUGAGAUUGAUUUCAAAAGUUUGACAUCUCAACUUAACUUACAAAGCCAAGAUGUAAACAGUGACAGUAACAUUAUUGUUGAUGGCAACUCCUCCUCCUCUGAAUUUUUUGACAGUAUCAAUGACUCUGAAAGUGUAUUGAAUAAUGAAAUUGUAUCUAGCAAAAAUGUACACGUCCAAGACCAUCACCUGCAUACUUCAUCACGAUGUGAAGGAUUGACAGAGUGUGAUUCAUUGGAGAACAGGGCACCUGAAAUGAUGAUAGAAGCAUUUCAUACACCAACAAAAUUUUUAUCAAAAGUAAUUUCUACACGAAACUUUUGUAUCACACCAGGAGGUCAACAUACUGAAUACUGAAAUUAAUUUGAAUUGUUUUCCUUUCUGAUCUUCUAAUGGUGAGACACUGUUUCAUUCUAUUUACAACCAUGAACUACUGUGUGAAAAGACAUUAACAGUUAAUGUGCAGCAUAUGUCUAUUACAAAUGAAAUUUUAACCACAGAUUAGUAGGAAUAUGGUGGUUAAGAAUGCUGUUUGCAUGAUAGAAUGCUGAAAGUAUGUGGGGAUGCCAUCUCUAAUUAGUACUGCUUAUGGUUACUGAUGUAAAAUUUUCUAAAAAUACAUCUGUUGUAUUUAUGGAAUGGAUGUUCUGAAUUGGAUGUUAGUAAUUUGGUGACAUAAUAUGGUGCUCUUUUGUAAUCAAUAUUUUAAUGGAGCAUUUAAUUGCAUUUGCUGGUGUUUAGACUUUGCUUUUGUAAGAUAAUUUCCAAAUCUUUGAUGUAGUUUGACUUUUGGCUUUUGUUAUGAAACCAAGCAAAGCAUAAGCUUUUUGCCUUUGCUGACUGUAGUUAUGCUAAAAAGAAUCUUCACACUUUUUUGUCUUAAGUGAGAUGAAGAAUAGGCCAGAUGCGCAGUACAGAAAUUUGCAGAGAACAGGAAGAAAGUCACUCGGUAUCUUCCUCCUCCCUUUUAGGAAACACUAUCAUUAUUCCUUAGUUUCAUUUGUAAUGUGUUUCAUGGGACCCCAUGCAUAAAUUAAACAUGUUUUGUAUACUGGCUACAUAAUUCCAUGUAUCUGUAUUCUGAAUCCAAACAAAACAUUGUUUUUAACAUGUAAAUAAUUGAGGAGAGAAAAACAUAAGAUGAAGAGCUUUCCAUUUAUGAAAAAUAUGCCAAUAUCCUUUCUAGACAAGAAAUACACUGUCAGCUGCUAAAUUUAUUUGCUCUUUUGUAUUGUUCUCUACUCAUUUUACCCAAGACAAAUUAAUUAAAAAAACACAGAUGUCUAAGGUGAACUGUUGGUUAUUAAUUUGAUUUUCAUUCUCCUACAAAGUUUAUUUAUAUUUUGAGGAAUGUUAGCCAGGCUGAGGUCAUGUGAGUUGUAGUGUUGUAUCUGAUAUUGAAGAGAUGCACCAAACAUCUAUAAACACGAGUAAAAUUUUCAGUGUUUCCAGUCACAUCAUUUUGACUGGAUAAAAUUGCUGUUACUGGCACAGUACUCCACAUGUAUAGGUGAGGAAGCAACAUCUGGAAUCUUUCCAAGAGGAGCCAGAAUGAUGCCUGCACCUUCCGUGGAAGAUACCAGUUAUUGCUGUAUCAUCUGUAUGAGUGGAACAUUGUGCUAGUCAUUGUGGUCAUUAGUGUUACUCCUGAUUAUGGCCCAGACAACUGUAGAAGUCAAGUAUUUAUUUUGAAAUGACUUGGCUAUAAGCCCAAGGGGAUUUUUUUCAGACAAACAACCAUGAAAGAUUAUGACAACCCAAAUCAUUAAAACUGUGAGCUAUGAACUGAACAUAAUGUUUUGUAUUAACUCAUUUAUUUAUGAAUAUUAGAGCAUUUCAUGUGACUGGUAGUUCAUACUUCAAGCAAUGUGUGCUGUGGUAAUGAGGUUGAGAUAAGGAAAAAGGAGCAAAUUCAUACAUUAAUACCAGUGGGAGAAUAGAGGGAGGAAGUUUGUGUGUGUGUGGGAGGGGGAGGGGGAUGAGUCAAAGUUAAGUGGCUGGUAAGUAGAGCAGUAGCUCUCACCCCCCCCCCCCCACCCAACCCACACCUCUACCUUGCUCCUCUUCCAUUUCGAAGUAUUUAUAACGUAGCAUGCUAGAUAGGUGUUCCGUAGGUUUAGAGAAUUCCCAGCCUGGCAGCACUCAGUUUUUCAAAAACGGUAGCAGUUCUGAAAACUAUUUAUUGUGGAUGUUCCAAUGCUAAUAUAAUUACAGGAAUAUCUUUUUGCAACUGUUAGUGCAUCUUUUCUUUUUAUUACAGCUGUUAUAUUGGUGUUAAAAUAUACAGCUGUAAACCAUGCUAAGAUAUCUGUUUUUACAAUAUUUAGUGUGUUUUCUUUACUCACCUGACUUAUUAAAUCUGGCAUAUUUGUUACACAAAAUCAAUUACUUUAAAGUCCCGUCCUGGAGAACUGAGUAUAUAUGGGGACACUGUUAGAAGCAGUCAUCAACAACAAAAUGCACAUAUAAUGUUGUAAUGAAAAAAUAAUUUCCCAUCUUCAAAUAAAUUCAUGUAUACAUCUGGUGCUUUAUAUGUCUGGUGCUUACUUUUUAUCAUUUUGAAAUUUGUUUUCCCAUGAACUGGCAAGAAGAGAAUAUGCCACUUUGGAUAUGUUUGCACUGAUUCUCUCUCUCUCUCUCUCUCUCUCUCUCUCUCUCUCUCUCUCUCUCUCUCUCUCUCUCUUUCAUUCCCUCCCCAUCCCUCUAACACAUUUCCUUUCUGAAUAGGUAUGGUCUCUAAUCACUGAAUUGUAAGUACACACGUAUUUGCCAUAAAACUAGAUGAGUACUUAUUUUGUUGUUGAUUUUUAUGGAGAUUUCAAGGUAACUCAAUAAGAUGGCUGUUGGGUUCUCUCAUUUUCCUGUGUUUAAACAUUGUUAGGACAUCUUCCAAUUAUAUUCCAGUCUUACGUUCAACAUUGAAGGAAAUGAUAGAUUGUUACUUAGCAUAAAGAUGACACUUUAAGCUGCAGACAGGGACAAUUAAAUGACACUUACUAAGCUUUCAGCCACAGCCUUCAUUGGAAAAAGAGAAAGUGAAAGCUUAUGUGUGUCUAUUAAUCGCGCCUGUCUGCAACUUAACGUGUCAUUUUUAUGAUAAGUAGCAAUCUAUCUUUUCCUACAUUGUUGAUAUUCCUAACUGGCAUUUCCAUUGUUUGAUUUUUGCCAACAUUAUGUUCACUAUUUUUGCUUUGAUGGUUAAUAGCACCCUCUCAAUGGCACAUUAACUGAAAUACGUAUUCAAAGGAGCUAGUUGUGAUAGGAAAGUGACUGUAAAAACAGUUAACAAAAACAUUUCCUCUGUAGUUUUGAGUACAUAUUAGUUUCAAUCUGACCCUGUAUUUCCAGACACUGCAUGCAUUUAAGGUAUGUUUUGUUAGUUGUGCUAGAUCAUUUAUGAACCAGGUUCUUAACACUGAAUACACACAAGGCACUAAUAAACAAGAGCCUUGGAAAAAGUUGCUAAAUAUACUUACACCUGCAUGUUAAAUCUCAGAAAACUGAAUUAGAAAUAUGUUAUUGUUGCUGUUGGAACUCUUUCAUAUCAGUAUACUUGAAAUUACAAUAUUGAGAGAUAUGUUUCAGUUUCCUGAUUUUUUGCGUGCAUAUAUAUAUAUGAGAGAGAGAGAGAGAGAGAGAGAGAGAGAGAGAGAGAGAGA